AUGUCAAAUGCUCAAUCUAUUGAUUUAUUGAGAGAAUUAAAUGCUAAACUCUUAACUGAGAUUGCGGAGCUUAGGAAGGAGAAUGCUGAAAUCCCUGAUCUUAGAAGGAAGUUUGCUGAAAUCGAGGCUGAAAAAGCUGAGCUUAAUAGUAGGAUUGCUGAGCUUCUAAGGCAGGCUGUGGAAGAGAAUAAACAGCAUGAUGAUGAGAAUGUCAAACUCAAGGCCAGAAUCGAGGAGUUGGAGAAAAACAAGGAAGAUUCUUCAGCCGAGAAUAUUAGGCGUGAUGUUGAGAUUGCUAAGAUUAAGGUUGAAAUAGUGAAGCUAAAGGAUAAUAAUGAAGAGAACAAAGAGCUAACCCAGGAUAUUUCUCCCGAGAGGAUUGACAAUGUAUAUAACUCUAUUUCAGACCAAUGUGAUAACGCCACUUCUUGCGUGAGUGAUCAGAAGUCAUCGGAAGAUAGGGAAAUGGAUACUUUCCUGAACGAGGCACGUAAGCAAAGCGUUAGUGAUGGAAUAAGACAACGCAAUAAGGAGAAGAAACUUAGCAAAGCAUCCUUUAAUCAAGAUCAAGAAUCUGAUACCGGGUUGACUAUAAAUAACUACAUAUCCUCCGGUACUUCUACUUCUGAAAUUUCAGCUAGGAGCCCCUGUCAAAAUAGCCAUAGGAAGAAAGGUGCAGAAAACAUCGUACAAUUGAUAGUUGAUGGCAUUAAAGAUGAUGCCCAAUCGAAUGACAAAGCCACUCCUUGCGAUGUGAUUUCAAUUGAGAGUCUCUGCCAAAAUUCAUCUAUAGAUUCAUUGCUUUCUCUAGCACAAUUAUUUGAUAAAGCGGAUGAUGCUGAAUAUGGUGCAAUUUGUGCUAAUCAGGAAGAGAUUUUGCACUGGUAUUAUUAUGGAAAAGAAUUUUUAACCCAGGUUAGUGUGAUUGUACAAGAUGGAAAAGGCAAAAUAGGUAAAAAAAAGGCAAAGGGAAUAAUAUAUGAUAAAAUGUUGGAACACCUAUCCAUAUUGCGAAAGCAACGAUCUGAAGAGACAGAAUUGCGUCUCCCAGAAAUCUCCCAUAAAAACUUACAAAGGAAAACUCAGAAAGCUGUAAAGAUAUAUAAAUUAUUUGAAAAGGUAGGCAUAGACAAUAUUAAGUAUAUUACGACAUAUAGUGCGAACUCUAUUUCUGAGUUGACUAAUGAUAAAGUUCAAGAUAUCAUAGAUAAUUUCUCCAAACAUAAUGAUAGUGAUAACACUGAUGUGGAAGAAGUAUCAAGUCUUAUGACUGAGAUUUCAGCCGGGAGCCCCGGCCAAAAUUCAGCUAAGGUAAGCGAAUUAAUUGCACCUAUUCCUCUUACAUAUGACUCUAAUUCUUUAGGUAAUUCAUCAUUCAUGCCUCAAAUCACUCUAGCUGAGGCGUAUUUUAAUGAUCCUAUGCCUUUGUCAAUGGAGAAAGGAACUAAUGAAGUUCAGACAGACUAUGAUAGUGAUUACACGUUAGGAGGAAUCGCAGUAACCUUUCAAACACUAGACGUUCUUACUAUUUCUUACAUCAAGAAUAAUCCAAAUUUUUUUGAUUAUUGUGACAAACAGUUGAAUGAUGUAAUGGAAGGUGGUGACUUUGAUAAAUGGGCCAGAAAAAAAGAAUACAGAGGAUACAUCCAUAUUCCCAGCUUUAACAUUAAGUGUGAUGCUAAAGGUAAACCUGUCACUGCUAAUUCCCGUGAUCCUGAUUACUAUAAUAAAAAAAAUUCGACCAAAAAUCCAGAACAAUGUGAUGAUGCCGAGCACAAUCCUUAUAGGUAUACUAAAAUACCCAAUCUCCUUUCACGUAAUCCAAUUACUUAUAAAUAUGAAUCGGCCGAUAUUUAUACAGAGGACCUCACAUUUAUCAGGUUUCAAUCAAAACCUAAAACAUUCAAUAAUAAUAAUACUUGCUUAAAUAUUCUUGAUUUUAGAACUAUUUGUUGUAAUCGUCAGGUUUCUGUUACUGUCUCUCGCAGUGUCUUCCCUCAGACCCGUCUUUAUGUCGAUGGAAAAAUGUUUAGUGAGCAAGAACAGACUGACCUUGGUCGGUUUAUCCUAUAUGGAGGCCGUCAAUUAGAUCCUUCUAAAUUAUCUAAAGAUGGUCAUAGGAAAAUCACACCUUCUGGAUAG